AUGCGCCACGAGAUGUACCGCGUCUUUUACGACCGCCUGGUCGACGACGCCGACAAGGGCUUUGUCGGCGACAAGAUCUCCAAGGCGAUCAAGGCGUCCUUCUCUUCUGAGGCGGAGGAGGCGCUGCGCGAGCCGUGCCUCUUCGGUGACCUCCUAAACUACCACGAGGUAGAGGAGGAGCGCAGUGCCGGCGGCGGCGAGGAAGUGCGCCUGUACGAGGACUUGCAGGACUUCGAGCGCUUCAAGCCGGUCUUGGAGGGGGUGCUCGAAAAGUACAAUGGCGUGCACAAGCCGAUGAACCUCGUCCUCUUUGACGACUGCCUCGGGCACCUCGUGCGUGUGCAUCGGCUCAUGCGGCUGCCGCGCGGCAACGCGCUCCUGGUGGGCGUCGGCGGCUCGGGCAAGCAGUCCAUCACGCGGCUGGCGGCUUACACCGCCGAUGCCGACGUCUUUUCGAUCACGCUCACGCGCGGUUACAACGAGGCGCUGUUCCGGGACGACCUCAAGCAGCUGUACAGUAAGCUGCAGACCCAACCGACGGCCUUCCUCUUCACCGACGGGCACGUGGCGGAGGAGGGCUUCCUCGAGCUCAUCAACAAUAUGCUCACCGCCGGCAUGGUGCCCGCGCUAUUUGAGGAGUCUGAGAAGGACGGCAUCGUCAACUCGAUCCGGGACGAGGCGGUGAAGAAGGGCGGGGCUGUCGAUACCAAAGACUCCAUCUGGCAGUACUUCAUCGGCAAGUGCCGCGACAACCUGCACGUGGUCUUAGCCAUGUCGCCUGUCGGCGAGCAGCUGCGAGUCCGGUGCCGAUCUUUCCCGGGAAUGGUGAACAAUACCGUGAUCGACUGGUUCGUGCCGUGGCCUGAGGCGGCCCUCGAGUCCGUCGCCGGCGUCUUUUUGGCUGAGGAGGACCUGCCCGACCCAUCGCGCCGGCCCAUUGUCGAGCACAUGGUGAUGGUGCACCAGAUGGUGCGCACUCAGUCGGAGGAAUUUUUGCAGCAGCUCAAGCGGUACAACUACGUCACGCCCAAGAACUCCAUCCGCCAUCACACAUGGAUUUUAUGGGGGAUUUUAAGUGUGGUGCGCUAG